UGAAUAUGAAGUUUGCAACACAAAUAUCUGAGUCUAAUGAUGAUGGACCCCUUACCAUCCAAACACGAAGGACAAGGCUAUACUCAGACGCUGUAAAGAAGCCUAGUUUCUUGGCGGAGAAAUCUCCACUUUUUAAAGAAUCAGGGUCUGGGUACCUCAAGACCAUGUCCAAAGAGCCACCAUCAGGAGAGAUCUCCUCUUAUAAAUACGAUAGUGACGAGUUAAAGGAGAAUAUUCAGAGUGUUAAAUCUGAGAAACCACCUCGCUUUUCGAUGAAGUUUAAUAAGAGGAUAAUUAUCAGCAACAAAUUUCAGAUAGAUUCCUGAGAGAUCAAGUCUAGAAAGGAAUUUUAUCUCCUAGCUUCUCAUGUAGGUAAGAAGAAGACAAAAAGGUUGUGCAAGAGAUCAGUCAAGGACUUCUAUCCCAACCACUAUUCCCCAAAGUUGGAUCAGCUAAAACCAGAUGAUCAGUGGUGAAAAUAGAUGGGAACAGAUCCCAUUGAUAACUUGUGAUAGGACCAUUCUUCCAGGGGCUGAUAAAGUUAGGUUUGGAGAGAAGGGGUUUGAGCAGAUUGAGAUUCAGUACCCUCAUCCUUUAGAAGCAGAAUUUAACUUUACAGGAGAAUGGUUAUCUAAUUUCAACUGUAUCAAAUUUGAACAACCGUCUUCACAGCAAGAAACUCCUGGAUCAAAUAUCAAAGUUACUAGGAAGGUCAAAAUGAAACCUACAUUUACUGAAAGUGUCUCUACCAGGCAAGAAUCUCCGGUACCAAGAGAUGAAGAGCUAUUCGAGAUAAUCCUUGAUUACCUUGAACUGAUAAAUGAUAGCUACACCAAUGUCCAAAGAAGAGCAAGGGUCACUCUUUAUGAACUCCUUGGAAAAUGAACUGACACAGUUCAACGGGAGAGUUUCAUUUAUUUGUUUAAUAAAAACUCUGCUAAAAAUCUUCAAAAAGCUGAUAUAUUCGUGCUAUACAAUGCGAAGUUCAGGGAUGAUCAGAGGUACAAGAUCACGGAAGAUUUAAUGGCCAGGAUAAACCUUAAACUAGACCAGUAUUUCAGGACUACAGAGGAAGAUAUUCUGAAGCCAAGGAUUGACAUCGAAUAUGAGAAUAGUUACGAUACAAGGAAUAUUAAUAUCGACAGACAGGUAUCCACUAAAUCAAAAAAGCUGAAGAGGAAAAGAAAGACUACCAAAGGUCCUCCUGGGAAGAGAGCUUUUAGUAUAAAUAAGUUCUUUACACAUUGACCUAAGGAGGUAUUCCGAGAGAAGCAUGACCUUAAGGGAUCCUUGUUGCCACCAAAGAGUGGGAAGGAAAUGCCAGCGAUACAUAGGAAUAGGGUACCAACCAAUUGUUCUCUCUCCAAAAAUAAAGCUAAAGAGAUGAAUAAAGUGAGACCACUGAGUGGGAUCUCUCACAACAGAAGAGUUCAACAAAAGUCAAUUCUCUCAAAUUCACGAAGAGAAGAGCCAAGAAUGUGACAUUAUAGCAAGGAUAGGAAUUCAAAGACAAAAUAUUUAGAUGUUCCCACUUUCAAGGAAAUUUUAGGGUCUGUCGAGCAUAAAUCUUUACUGACAAAAGACUGUAAUAGAGAGCAAUCAUUUAGUUUAAUGAGAGAUUUGAACAAAAAGAAGGAAUUCAUUGCAAGGAAGCAUGCAUUUGGAAGGUUUGAAAACCGUGCUAAAAGUUCUAGACCAGGGAUGACUGCAAGAACAAGUUUAAGGAAUUCCAGAAGUAGAGAAAAGAAUCAUGAAACGAUCUUAUCUCAAAAGCCACCUCGUAUGAAACCAAUUAGGAACCCAAAGAACUCAAGGAUUGACUAUAUCAAGCUAAGUGAACUAGCAAACAAUGCAGUAUUGUUGCCUCCAACUAUUGUACCGCAUUCAGCAAAACCUCUUUAGAUUUAGUGAAUAUUUUCAAUCUA